AUGAUCGAUCCAGCUAUGGAUUCCGAUUCCACAAAGGCGCGUUUAGAGCAGGCCACGGGAUUGUUAGACAAUUUCAAUACAGUACAAGAUGAAAUAGAGAUUCUCAGUGAAACUGAGUUAAGUUCAAGUGAGAGAGCCACCUUUGAAGACAGGUAUUACAGCGCAAUAGAGAAUGCACACAGAUACACAAAAGCGAGCAAGCAAAUAAACACAGAACCUUCAUCAAACGUGGGCCUCUCACAUCACCAGUUGCAUUCUGUCUCAAAUACAAGAUUUCCAAAUAUUGAGUUGCCAAAGUUUCAUGGUGAAUAUGAAAAAUGGGGUCAGUUCAGGGAUAUGUUUUUGGCCUUAGUUGACAGAGAUCCUACGUUAGAUAAUGUCAAAAAAUUCUAUUAUCUGAUGAGCUGUUUAAAAGGAGAAGCCGCAAGAGUAAUCGAAAACAUGGAAGUCACAGGAGAGAAUUAUGAUCAUGCAUGGCAGUUAUUAAAAUCUCGAUAUGAAAAUAGUACAGUUAUCAUAAAGAAUCAUGUUCGAGAAUUAGUUGAAAUGCCAUCGGUAACUAGAGAUCCUCACUCCCUUAGAAAAUUAACAGAUGACCUUCAAAAGCAUUUGAGGUCAUUAACUUCCUUAGGCGAGCCUGUGACACAGUGGAGUACUUUGCUAAUUUAUUUAAUCACAAAAAAACUCGAUCCUUCAUCGGAAAAGUCGUGGGAGGAGCACGUAAUCUCACGUCAAAUUGAAUCGCCUGGUAUAGAUGAUUUAAUCAAAUUUUUAAAUGCUCGGUGUCAAUUGCUUGAGGCCAUAUCGCGUGAAAAAUCUGAUAAUCCACAGGCAGAGCACAGAAUACAUCGGUUAACCACAAGAAACCUGUAA